CCUCCUCCUCCUCUCCACGCCGUGUCACUCGCUCCUCUGGCCGGUCACUGAGCUCCGGACGCAGACGAAGCCCCGGAGAUCAUGUCUCAUUCACGCUGUUGAGUUUUCACGGAGCAGGACGACGAGAUGCUGCUGCUGCUCCUGGUCUGCGCCGUCCCGGCCGCUCUGGCUCAGCUGGAGGAGUCCCAGUCCGAGGAUGAGCUGGAUCUGGACUUGGCUGACUUUGAUUUGGACAUUACACCACGCAGGGUCCCUCGACAGGUGAAAACUUUACUGUCCAAGGAGACCAAACCUCACAUCCAGGAACUCACCAUCAAGACCACCAUCAUCUCCCGCUAUGCCUUCACCGCGGUGUACUGCGCCAUGCUCAACCGACACUCCGCCGCCACCGAGGGGGUCUUCCACUUCCAGAUCCCCGCUGACGCUUACGUCUCCAACUUCACCAUGAUUAUCGGAGGGCGUGUCUACCAGAGCGAGGUCAGGCCCAAGGGAAAGAGGGUCAGACAGGACAACGGCAAACCCAAACACAAGGAGUCAGGUGACGCAAGCCCGCAGCCGGAGGUGGAGGUGUUUAAAAUGGCCGUCAACAUACCAGGAAGGAACCGGGCCGUCUUCCUGCUCACCUACGAGGAGCUUCUGAAGCGCCGCCUGGGACGAUACGAGCAAGUGACCAGCCUGCGGCCGCUUCAGCUGGUCAGCCGCCUCAGCCUGGACGUCUCCAUCAUCGACCACUCCCCGAUCAGGGACCUGGAGGUGCUGCCGCUCCGCAACGGCAAGACACCAGCCAAGCCCGAGCCUCCCAUCACCACUGCGAUCAAACACGAGAAGAACGUCUGCAGGAUCACGUUCAGCCCCAACAUCGUCCAACAGGCCAAGAUCACGACCAACGGCCUCCUGGGAGACUUUGUGAUCCGCUACGACGUCCAGCGAGACAUGGGGAUCGGGGACAUUCAGGUUUUAAACGGCCAUUUUGUCCACUACUUUGCUCCCAAAGAUCUGCCGGUCGUCCCCAAGAACGUGGUGUUUGUGAUCGACACCAGCGCGUCCAUGCUGGGGACGAAGAUCAGACAGACUAAGGACGCUCUGUUGACCAUCCUGAAGGACCUGCGUCCCGGCGAUCGCUUCAACUUCAUCAGCUUCUCCAACAGGAUCAAAGUGUGGCAGCCGGGUCGUCUCGUCCCGGUCACACCGCUCAACAUCCGAGACGCCAAGAAGUUUAUAUACAUGCUGGUGCCAACGGGAGGUACAAACAUCGACAGUGCCAUCCAGACAGGCGCCUCUGUGCUCCGCGAUUACCUCUCUGGCCCGGACGCCAGCCCCAACAGCGUGUCCCUCGUUAUUUUCCUGACGGACGGGCGACCCACGGUCGGUCAGACCCUGUCCACGGCAAUCCUGGGCAACGCCCGCUCUGCCGUGCAGGAGAAGUUCUGCAUCUUCACCAUUGGGUUGGGAAACGACGUGGAUUAUCGGCUGCUGGAGCGGAUGGCCCUGGAAAACUGUGGGAUGAUGAGGCGCAUCCACGAGGAGGCCGACGCCAGCGCGAUGCUCAAAGGGUGAGAGUUUGUUUGGAAAAC